AUGGAACAUCCAGUAUUUCGGAGGGCCCCUAACGGGACUCUCCUCUUAAAGGCCACGGACGAAGCCAGCACCCUCGCCCCCCGGCGAGCAGCCGGCCAAGCCCUGUACAGGGCAAAGAAGCCCGAGGAGGUGGACGCGGAGGCCUGGGCCCACGUCUCCUCCGAGGGUGGCUCCACCGCCAACGCCACCCUCGUCCUGAGCCGGUGGAAGGUCCAGUUCGGCCAGUACCAGGGAAAGAUCUUCCACUGGCUCCUGGAGAACGACGUGGGCUACGCCAUUAAUCUGGUCGCCUCCCACCAGAAGGAGCGAGAGAGGACAGGGUCUCAGUCCCCGCUGAUGGCCAACAAGGACGCCUUCACCCACUACUCCUCAGCGUACCCUGACUUUCUGGAGGCAGUCAGGUUCCACCGGGCGUUUGAGGAGGCGCGGGCGAAGUCCCUCCUGCCUGGUCAGGAGGGACAGGCCCUUGUUGGCUUCGGGGACUUUAAAUUUGAGACCCUGGACAGCCUGUACGAGUCUGUGGACCCCAAACAAAUCCGAUUUGUCAACUACCUCCGGAGGAAGAUUCCCACACCCGGCUCGCAGAUGGAGAACGCCAUCUGCUACCAAGAGCCGAGACAGACAGAGACCUGCUGCUGUUGCUGCUGCUGCAUCCACCACCACCAGCACAGUCUCUGUCUCUGGCCAGAGAGCGAGGACUGCAUCAAAGCCUCUUGGUUCAGCGCUUGCGGCCUUCGUGUCCGGGCGGCGUUCUCUGUCUGCCGUGGAACUGCAGGCAAAGAUCAAGAAGCUGGUGGUCCCUAAGCCUGCAUUUCCAGCCUCCCUCAGAUCAGCUCUUCCCUCCAAGCCAUCGGAGGAGUCUUCCGAUGACGAGCUGAUCAGGGCGGUAGUUGACAUGGAGGAGUGUAAGUAAAAACUCAAGUAGCAUUCAUGCAACAUGUUGUUGAUAACUGAAAGUUUGACUUCCUUUUUGACCCUUCUCCCUUUAUUUUGCUCUAUAAAUAUGCCCGUACUCAGAAGGAUAUGACCUGGCAGGUAAGUUUGCUUUAAUGAAAAACUAUCCGCCUGUUUCAAGUCUCAAAUCACCAAGCUUCACGCCGACCAAUCGCCUGUCAGAUCAUCACUAACGAGUGCUUGUAGAGUAAGCUCAUCAUCCUCUCCCUCGUAAACCUGCGUAACCCCUCCAACCGCUCGCUGCCUGCAUCGCUCCCUCAACAAGUCUAAUCUGGUGCCGUUGUUUUGUCUCGUCGUCACUUUCUCU